AUGCUCACAAAAUAUUCGAAGCACCGGCACAAAGCGCUGACGGCGGGAGCUGUGGAGUCGCUGAUUGACCGCUUGGCGGAAUUCGAAAAAUGCGAUUCCAAGAGAGCACUUGCUUCAGUCGAAUUGCUCUGUCGGAUUCCUUCUGGUAGAGCGGCGUUCGCUGCCCACUCGUUCACAGUAGUACCUAUUUUGGUAAAGAUCAUUCUAAAAAUCUCAGACCGUGCAACUGAGUAUGCCGCUGGAGCAUUGCUUUCACUCUGCUCCGCCUCCGAACUGACUCAGCGUGAAACCUUGGCCGCCGGCUUGUUGACUAAACUGCUGUUGCUUGUUCAGAGUGAUUGUACAUAUAGAGCAAAGCGUAAAGCGCAAAUGCUCCUAAAAUUGCUGCGGGGCUCCUGGCCAGAGGACACUACUGCAAAUUCGGAUGAUUUUGCGUGCAGCGACGUCGUUCCUUUUCGAAUUUUGUCCUUGAUUGAAAUUUGA